AUGAUCCAACUGGACUCCGCUCCCGCGCUGGUGGUGAUCGAUAUGCAAAACGGCUUCUGCCACAAACAAGGCAGCUUCGCAAAGAUGGGUAUGCAAUCCGACCCAACGGCCAUUGUUCCGCAGAUCAACCGGCUGCGCUCCGCCUUCCAGGCCGCUAGCAUGCCGGUCUUCUUCGUGAGGACAGGUUACAACGCCGACUAUUCUGACAGACGGCCCCACGACCGUGGAGAUCGGGUCGAGAAAUUGGGAGGUCUGCUACGCGGGUCUUGGGAUGCCGAGAUGAUAGACGAACUCAUGCCGGGACCCAAUGAAGAAAUCGUCAACAAGACCAGGAAUUCUGCCUUUCUUGGGACGUGCUCGCUGGACAAGAUCUUGAGGGAGCGCGGCGUCAACCAUCUAGUUUUGACGGGAGUCGGGACGGAUGUCUGUGUCGAGUCGACGGCCAGAGAUGCCUAUCAGAUGGACUAUCGCGUUACUACUGUAAGUGAUGCGACCGCGACAUGCACUGAGGCAGACCAUUUAGCUGCUCUACACGCCCUACGGAUAUUCGGCGGCACCGCUUCGACGGCUGAAGUGGUUGAGGCUUUGCAAAAGUUGGAAAAGUAG